UUCUCCACCCUGACCUGGAGGCAGAGAUCCACAUAGGCUCUGCGUGUGUGGGAGGAGCAGCUGGAAUGGGAGCCAUGUUGCUGUGCUCUUUGGUCCUCGCCCUCAUCCUGCUGGUGGACUCUGGCAUCGAGUGCGAAGUGAAGGAAGUUUGUCUUGGAAGCCCAGGCAUCCCUGGCACUCCAGGAUCCCAUGGCCUGCCAGGCAGAGAUGGAAGAGAUGGAAUCAAAGGAGAUCCUGGACUUCCAGGCCCCAUGGGCCCCCCUGGAGGAAUGCCAGGCCUCCCUGGGCGUGAUGGGCUUAUUGGAGCCCCUGGCAUUGCUGGUGAGCGUGGAGAAAAGGGAGAACCUGGUGAGAGGGGCCCUCCAGGACUUCCAGCUUAUUUAGAUGAAGAGCUUCAAAACACACUCUAUGACUUCAGAUAUCAAAUCUUGCAGUCAACAGGAGUCCUCAGUUUACAGGGUUCCAUGCUGAAAGUGGGAGAGAAGGUCUUCUCAACCAAUGGGCAGUCAGCCAAUUUUGAUGCCAUUAAAGAGUUAUGUGACAGAGUAGGUGGCAGCAUUGCAGUCCCAAGGAGUCCAGAAGAGAAUGAUGCUAUUGCAAGUAUCGUGAAGAAGCACAACACUUAUGCCUAUCUGGGUUUGGUUGAGGGCCCUACCUCUGGAGUCUUCUACUACCUGGAUGGGACCCCUAUGAAUUAUACCAACUGGUAUCCAGGAGAGCCCAAGGGUCAGGGUAAAGAGAAGUGUGUGGAGAUGUACACAGAUGGGCAGUGGAAUGACAGGAGCUGCCUGCAGUACCGACUGGCUAUCUGUGAGUUUUGACCAGGCAUCAAGGCCAUGGGAGAGAUAGGGUCCUGUCUUGCCUUUCAACCUCCAUCCUGCAGAUCCACCUGAUGUAUGAGAUUCUAUAACUACUUUCUAACAAAAUUUAUUUGUGGCUAUUCAAGUUGGAGGCAUUUUUAGUUACUCCCUUCCCCAGUAGAGCCCUGACUUUUCCCUUAGAUUACUAAUCAGUCUGACAUGUGCCCUGGAGCUCCUUCUCAGCCCUGCAUUCUAGGCAGUCACACCUAAUUUAGCCCUUUGUCAAGAGACAGAGACUUCUUUCUUCCUCCUCAUAUCCAGUUCCUUCAUUUAUAGAUGGUAACAGUGAGGUGCUGGGAUAGAAGGUCCCUCCAAAAUCACGUAGAAGGUGCCUGCUUCCUGGCACCCUCUAUUCUUUCUCUGCAGCCAAUUGCCUGCCCAGUCUUAUCAAGAUUUAUCAGUUCUGGUCAAGCAUUUAAUAGAAUCAGCUCUCCAUGUGGUCAGAGGGGCAGCUGGUGCUCCAACAUGGUGAAUGCCAACCCAACCACAGUGAUUGGCAUAUAUUAUCCACUCCCUUGAGUCUUGGGUGCCAACUCAACUCUCCAACCUGAAAGCAACUAGCCCAUACCUCUAGAGAAGAUCUUACCCCCAUCCCAGACGUAUCCCAAAUAAUUUCCUGCUGAUGGCCAUAUCUCCACACAACUUCAGAUCUCAUGAGAUGUUCGCACCACUUAUCACAUCACUGACUAUUUAUCAAGCACAUGCUAUGUAUCAACCACCUUGACAAGCACUUCUAGCAAAUAAAAUAUUAUUAAAUGUUUACACAAUGCCAUGGGACCAGCAUUAUUUUUCAUGUUUUUUAUGAGGACACUGAAACUUAAAGAAGUUAAAUGUUUUUGAGUUUCAUUAUAUAGAGCAAGUGACAGAGGCUGGAAUCAAACUCAUCUACCUGGACCUGAAGCUUAUGAUCAUAUCUGCCCUACCCUCUCACUGAACAAAGAUGAUUUAAGUGUAAUAAAUCAUGAAUGUGUUAACAUCAGUUUCCAUUGCUCUGGUUCCAAGAAGCAUUAUAUUUCUGCAUUUUUAUAAAUCAAAUUAACUGGCUCUGAGCCCCGCUUACC